AGACCAAGAAGGCUUCUAGACACAGCAUUUCAGAGCUGGAAAACUGGCCGCUAUACAGAUGUGACAAUUCUCAUUGGAGAGAGAACAUUUCCAGCUCAUCGUUUAGUUUUAGCUUCACUCUCAGACUACUUUCCACCACUUUUAAAGUUUGAUGAAGAUGACUCAGGGGAAGUCACUCUUCACAACAUUGAACCAGAUGACUUCUUCGUUCUUCUCAAGUAUGCCUACACUGGCACCGUGGACAUUAAUAAAGAGAAUGUGCAGAGUGUUCUCAUUGCAGCCGACUACCUCAGUGUGAGCCGCGUCAGACAUAUUUGUAUCAAGUUUAUGAUUGCUAACUUUGACGUGGAAAACAUCAUUGAUGUUUUAUUGUUUGGGAUCGAAUUCAACUUGUCAGAGCUGAUUUCCCAUUCCAGGGAAUUUUUGCAGAAAAACUUUGCUGAAGUUCUAGAGACAGAAGGCUGGUCUAAACUAGAACCAAAGUUUUUAGAAACAUUUUUCAGCGACAAUGACUUGGUUCUGUGUUCAAAUAAAACCAGUUUGAAAUCAGCCGCUAGAGAGUCGCUAAUCUUGAAGGCUGUGCUAAAAUACUUGUCCCUGAGACAAGAAAAUGAUCCAGGUGUUGUUGAAAUGCUGAUUCGAACAGUCAGAUUACCGCUAGUACCAGCAGAUGUUGUAACAACUUUUCUGAAUAAUUACAGAAUGUUAAAAAAGAACACAAUUAUCCAGAAAUAUCUACAACUCAGAGAGGUAGCAUUAAAACAUAUUCAGGAAAGAAUACCUGAUAAAUCCAGAACAAGAAGUCCUGAGACAUCAGAGAUUCCAGAUGGCUGGUUUCGGUUAAGAAAGCAUGCAGAGUUUUCAUUUGUCCAAAGACGUAGGCGGUAUGCUGCAGGAGGUCAAAUAGUGCCGACGCCUAUCCCACCGGAGUCUGUGUAUACUGAUAGUGAUUUGGAGAUCAAAAAGGUUGGAAUUUGGUUGAGGGAAUGGGAUAACAAGACAGUGGUCGGCGGAUUAGCCUUGUGGCAUUAUAAUCCUGCAUAUGCAAAUGUGGAACUUGUUUAUCGUAAAGGAAACUGUCCCGGUGACUGUCAGCACUUGGUAGAGCUUGAACGGGGUGAAUAUAUCGUCAAAGUUACAGUUGGUAGCGGCUUUCUUAUCGACCGGCUGGGCUUUGAAACAAACCAAGGAAGAGUCUUUGGACCUUUUGGAGGUCCUGGCGGCGAAGAAUACACUGAAUCUUGCCCGUCAGGUUCUUUGUCUUACCUGUACGAUAUUAACUGUGAUGCUGUUGAUACACAGGGAUCUGAAGCUAUUUUAAAUCUUGUGCUGCGAUGGAUUACUUUCUCAUAA